UCGCCAGGUCUUGGGUUUAAAACCUUUUUGUGGCACAUCAAGAACUUUCGCCGGAGACAAGCUGUUGAUAACGAUUUGCUGGUUUUUGACAGAGGGAAUCCACAGACAACCCUCCAUGGCUUCUGCUGCGCCAACAUUUUCAUCCACCAAAGAGACAACGAACUACGCUCGCCUGUGUCGGCUGGUGGUUGAUGUUGGUACCCAGGUUUUCCGAGACACUUUUGAUGCCAUUCAUGCACCUACAAAUCUCCACAAAGUUUUGGCGGGAAAUAAAGCAACUUUACAGACACUGAGAAAUAGGAACGUCAUAAACGCAACGCAAUGGGGAAAGCUCUUUCCCGCCAUCUCUACAUCAGUGUCAUCGGCCCAAUUCGACAUUACACUUUUAAUGGUUCUGCUUCGAAACUUAUGCGGUUUAACUUCUCCUGCAACAGGCUGGGAUAAACUUCCCGCUGUCACAGACGUAAGCCGUGAAGCUGAUAUUGCUCGUGUCAAAUAUUACAGAAAUACCGUGUAUGGUCACGCCGAGUGUGCAUCAGUUGAUGAUGCGGCUUUUAAUGCAUACUGGGGCGACAUCCGGGACACUCUGGUUAGAUUGGGAGGAGUCAAGUACAAAACAGCUAUUGACAAGCUGGAAACUGAAGUCAUGGACCCUGAUCUUGAAGAUCACUACAAAGAACUUCUCAGACAAUGGAAGAAAGAUGAAGACAACGUGAAAGAUCAGCUGAAUGAAGUCAUCAAAAAGCUAGAUAACUUGGAAAGCUCUGUCAAAGACUUGAUCGCGAGCUAUACUGAUCCUUCAAAAUCUACGGCUGAAGGAAACGGUCUGCAAGAAGCUGAAAUUGGCGCUGAAACUGACUUCAAUGUAACUACACGAGACUCGGAGGGGAAGCUGGUUUAUCAUGAAAAAGACCAAGUGACUGCGAAAAUUCGCUCUCCUAAUGGCGAAGAUGAAGAAAUAAAACCUAAGCAUUGUCAAAAUGGAAACUAUACAUUGCGUUAUGAGCCAAAGAGUAUUGGAUUACAUGAUAUUGUUGUCGAAGUAAAUGGCAAGGCGCUGACUGGUAGUCCCUGGAGAGUUCAGGUGACUGGUCAUCGCUACAAGGCUCUUCAUUCAUUUGGAUCACGUGAGAAAGGACCGGCAGAGUUUGCAGGACCAGGAAGCAUUGCAGUGAGUGAAAGAACAGGAAACAUUGCCAUUGUAGAUGCCUUAAAUAAGCGAGUUCAGUUGUUUGAUUCCAAGUGGAAAUAUUUAAGAACGAUAGGAGACAAGGGGUGUGUUGAAAGAAGAGGAAAACCAAGAUCAGUGGCAUUCACGGCAUCUGAUGAUGUCGUAGUCACUCAUUAUGAGCCUGACCAACGGAGUAAAAUGUUCCUAUUUACUGAACAUGGCCAGUUCAUUAAACACAUCGGUCAGUAUCUGAAUACACCACUGCAUGUGUCUAUUAGAAGUGAUGAUCACAUGAUCGUGUCUGACUCAGGUGACAAUUCAGUCAAGGUCCUCACCCCCGACGGUGCAAGAUUAGUACAGUCCUUUAAUGCACCAGACUGUGAUUCUUCCCCGACGUGUGCUGUUUAUCACGAGGACAAGUUCUUUGUGUCCUAUGUAUCGGCUAACUGUGUGAAAGUGUUCAACAAAGAAGGAGAGCUUCAGUAUGAUAUUGGCAGGGAGGGAUCUGGUGACGGAGAGCUACAAUGUCCUAUAGGACUCGCCAUUGACAAGUUUAAUAACCUGAUCGUAUGUGACUCUUUUAACAGCAGACUUCAAGUGUUUUCUUUGGAUGGAAAGUUCAUUAACUCGUUUAAUGCUAGAAUGGAACGUCCUUGGUCUGUCGCUGUUACCAAAGAAGAUAAAGUGCUAGUUUCUGACACUAAGCAGAAUGUUAUCCAUAUUUUCAACUAAACUGUGAACAUUACUCAGCAGGUAAUUACAAUGUGUUAUGGAUUUUCACCGAAUCUGAGCCGAGUUACUACUUCGCUGCAAUUUUUCUUAAGUGUAUUCCCAAACCGUGAAUUUAUCCUCUACGGAUCAGAGACAAAGAUUGGAAGAGAUUGGCUACAAAACAAGUGUUUGGUUGUGUUUUAAAUUUUUAUGUACAUAUCAAUUGUGUUUAAGUAUCAUUCAAAACAGUGCAUAAGUUUCAAAUGAUUCUGAGCUUUCUUGUACACCAGAUGUAAUUGGCGUGAAGCCUCUGACGAAGAUAAACGGAAUAUGUAGAAAUUUUAACUUCGUAAGAUAGUAUCAAAUAAAUUGUUCUUUUCGUCUUUUUA